AUGGCAGACAUUUACACAAAGGGAAUUUUUGAAAUGUUUGAGCGCGAGGAUUUCCAAAGCCUUUUAUGCUUCUUAGAACUUGUAAAGGAAGAUGAUACUCACUGCAGGUACAAAGUAAAUGAGAGGGUAGAGCCGGGAGUUACACGUAUAAAGGAGCUUGUGCAUGAUAAAGAUGCUGAUCAAGCUUACUGCAGUUGCCAAGGAUUCGAAUUUCGUGGUAUUCCAUGCCGACACAUCAUAUCAUUUUUAAGAAUGAAGCAGGUUCAAUAUUUGCCAGAGAAGUACAUAUUGAAAAGAUGGAUGAAAAGUGCGAAGUCCGGUGUAGUUUUUGAGAAUGAUGGCAAAGAAGUUAAAGAUUGCGUUGAUGGUUGUAUUUUGGUUAAGAGAUCGACCAUGUGCAAAGUUGCAGCCAAUUUGAUUGAUUCUGCGUUGUUGUCCGCUGAAGGUUCUGAGCUGCUCCAAAAAACAUUUGAUGGAAUUCGUGGUAAGCUGAUUAGGUUGGCAUCUUCAGGAGCUCAUGUUGAAGAAUCCAAUGAAGAAGGGGGAACUAGUUCACCCCAAGUAAGAAUCAAAGAUCCACACCAAGUAAAAUCAAAAGGUUGUUCAAAAAGAGUUAAAGGACGGCAUGAGAAGGAAGCAGAACGACGUAAACGUCGGUGCACUGUGUUUAUGAAGAUUGAUCAUGAUAGAUGGAGAUGUCCAAGACUUGCAAGCCCCUCUUCAUCUUCUGAUGUAGACGUUUCUGCUCCAAUUCCUGAGAAUAUGCAGCAUACUCAAGAGCACACAGAAUGA